AUAUUCCUCCAAAGGGAAUUCAUUUCCACUCAAACUUAUUCUUCUCUCUUUUUUCUUUGGCUUUCACUCAUUCCAUAUUCUAAUUUCAUUUCCACCACAACUCUCUCCUCUUCCAUGGUUUCUUAUAUCCCAAACUUUCCUUCUCUUUUUUCUCCCUUUCUUCCACGCUCUUAUUUUCUUUCUCCCUAUCCCUCCAAUGGCUAUGAACACAAACAAUACCUUAUGUUUAGUUUCAGCCAUGGAUCGCCUUUGGUACCACCAAAUCAUUCUUUGCAGCUCCGAUCCAUUAUUCACUUCCCAUUUUCCCAAUCUUCUUAACUCAACAUCUUCUUUUCCUUUCACAAACUUCCUCCCUUCUUCCCCAUUAUCACCUCUAGUGGAUCAAACAAUUCUUCCCUCCUCUUCGUCGUCCUCAUCCGACAAUAUCUCCCUCGUCUCACAGGAAAAUUAUAGUAAUGAGGAAGACAAAAACAAACAAGAUGCAAAGAGAGAGUUAAGUGAAGAUCAAAGUCUCAACGGUCUCAAAUUUUCAGUGGGAAGAAAAUUGAACAAAUCUACAAGUUGCAAAAGCUUGGGGGAGUUGGAGCUUGAAGAAGUGAAAGGGUUUAUGGAUUUAGGGUUUGAAUUUAAGAGAGAAAGUUUGAGCCCUCAAAUGGUGAAGUUGGUACCUGGUUUGCAAAGGCUCAGAACUCAAAUAAACAAACAAAAUCUUGAAGAUGACGAGGAUGGCGACGGUGACCACGACAAAGAAAAUGAUGAUGAUGAUGAUGAUAAAAAUAAGAAGAGAGAGAUAGCAAGACCAUAUCUUUCAGAGGCAUGGAUAAUAAGAAGACCAAAUUCUCCUCUUUUAGAUCUAAGAAUGCCUAAGGUUUCUUCAACCUCUGACAUGAAGAAACACCUCAGAUCUUGGGCUAAAACUGUUGCUUUUGAAAUUCAAUAAAAAUAUUUUGACUCAAUUAUUUGAAA